UGGCGGAAGGAGUCACGUGCUUUGUGACAGACGGCGGCCUGGACUUAGCAUGGAGCACUUGGAGGCUUUCGCUUUAUGGAUACGGAAAAAUUGUUUCAACGAGAAGUUCCGCAGACACGCGGUAUGGGGACUGGCGGGCAUCUCGCUGCUCGGCUCGCUGGUGAAGGAGCAAUGGCCGCUGCCGGACUCUUACUUCAAUAACAAGAAGAACGUCCUGAAUGUGUAUUUUGUCAAGGUCUCCUGGGGGUGGACAUUCCUCUCCCUUUUGCCUUUCAUCGCCUUGACCAGCUAUGUCGCUACGAGAAGCCUGGGCACAGUUUUCCGCAGGCUGAGCGCCCUCCUGGUAGGGACCAUGGUCUGGUUUACCUGCACCCAGUUCUUCAUGAUGAUUGAGAACUACACUGGCACGUGUUACAACUCCUCCAUGGUGCCGGAGAUCAGACCGGAGCACACGGAUAAACGCUCGUGUGUCACCAGCGGAGGCUUCUGGGAUGGGUUUGACAUAUCCGGCCAUUCCUUCCUGUUGCCGUACUGCACCCUGAUGAUCCUGGAAGAAACCGCCGUUGUCCACAUUGUCCGUUUUGAGAAGUCCUGGCAGAAGCAUCUCAUCAAUGCCCUGACUUUGUCCCUGGCGUUCCUGGUUUUUGUCUGGGUUUUUAUGUUUUUUUGUACCGCCAUUUAUUUUCACAACUUCUUCCAAAAACUCCUGGGAACUAGUUUUGGAAUUUUGGGGUGGUACGUCACUUACAGGCGGUGGUACCUGACGCCAUAUUCCCCUGGACUCCCUCCAAGAUCUGCUGCCAAAGAGGGGAAAAGAGGCUACAGUAAAUAAUGGCAGGUAGUACCAGGAGCAUGCCCCUAAAAAAAUAAAAAUAAAAAAAAUCUCUACUUAUUAUCUGUUUCUGGGAAAGCUGGGUGACUCGAAUUGCCAGUAUUACAUCUACCAAUGUUUGCCAGGCUCAGGAGGAGACCAUAGAAAGCUGGGUGGGAGCUGUAAUGGUGGACAUAUUGGAUGUCAUCUACUGUAGCUUUCCCAGAAACAGAUAUCACUCAGAAAAUGGCAGUGAUUUAUUAUUGUAACUUUUUUUUUUUUUUUAGGAGGAAAUGCUCUUUUAUCUGCCAUAUUGGCCAUACAGUUUACAGAGACCAGCCUAGAAUAUUUAAUGUAAAAAUACAAUGCAACAGAACUCUGCAAACCAAAUAAAGUACAAAAAAAGUAUUCUAAUGCUUAUUAUGUAAAUUAGAGAUGCUUGGCAAAUACCGGAGGUGCAGCUGACACUUCAGUCGUGCACUCCCGACCGGCCCGUCUGCCCCAUAACUAGGCCGAAUGCACACGGCCGUGGAACACGGACGUGAGCGGUCCGUGGUAUCCCGGCCUGGCAUCCUGCUGACAGCAGGAGCGCACGGAGUCAUUG